GCCCAUACCACGCAGUCCCAGCGGGCCAGUGUGGGGCGAGUGCCCUGACGCCCCCCAACCGCCCGGACCCUGUGAUUCGGAGCCCGCCACCCAGAUCCCCGCGACCCGGAGCCUGGCGGCCCCCAGGGCCCUCGUCCCGGCGGCGGGACAGUCCCUGCGGUGCUGGAGAGCGGACCCCGCGGCGCCUUGGAGUCCAGCGUGUCCUCCGGGUCCUGCUGACAUGAUGGUCCUCCUGGCUUUGCUUCUGCUCCUGGGCCUGCCUCAGGUGAACAUGGACACUGAGAGAACUGGAAGACAAGCACGACUGAGGUGUCACGUUUGUGAGCAAGAAAACAGUUUUAAUUGCCAGGGAGCUGUAGACUGUGCAGCAAGUGAGAAGUUUUGUGCUGUCGCGGCUGUGCAAAUAUUCCCACGGUUCUACUACGUUUCGAAGCAGUGCUCCCAGUUUUGUCCAUUAAUUGAGAGACCACCCCCUGAAGAAAAGUCCUUUAUCCUUUUAAAGCCUUUGCCCUUCUUAUAUGUCAAGUGUUGUGAAAGCAACUUGUGCAACAGCGAGGGGCUCUUAGUCAAUGAGACGAUGUUCAGAGAGCACGUGGGGAGAGCGAGCGAGCAGAAACACGGCAGUGUUAAGCUGGCAGGUCUCCUGCUGUUGGUCUCUGCCCUGGCCAGCCUCAGUCUGUCCUGAGCUGCAGGAAGCGUGCAGUUGCCAGGCCUCCUGGGGUAGGAACCUGCUGUAA